AUGAAAUCAGCCAAUCCGGUGCAACCCAGGGUCUGCAAGACCGUCAUAACGAUCCUUGGUGCCUUCCACAUGUUUUUUGACGAAAGGGAUGUUUCUAUGGACUGUGUUUACAUUGAGGAGCUGCAAAUGAUCUUUGGGGAAUCUGACAAGUCCAAAUUAUCCCUCCCUCGUGUCUUCAUCAGUGGCAGCUACAUUGGGGGUGCUGAGGAGUUGCAAUGGAUGCUUUGCAUCAAAUCGAAGGAGAAGGAGGCGAAGAAAGAGGACGAGAUUAAGGAGCGCCAUCGAGUACACACGCACUUAAAUCGGAGGAGAGCUUCUUCAUCUGGGUCACCUGCUCUGCCUGUCGCUGGCAUUGUUCUUCAUGCGUCACCUUCUUCCCUCGCCACUCAACUUCAUUUUCGAAUUUCUGUAGAUUUAAAGCAUGCUUUUACACAAAUAAAUCUGAUAUUACCUUCAAGUUUGGUGCGAACAGGUUGA